AACUGUCGACAACGCUUCGCGUCGCUUCGCUCGCAUUCCAUUCGCGAGAGUCGCGAAUGUCGCGAUGACUAGUCGCUAGCUCAGCUGCUUAGCUGUUUGUUGUUUAUUAUCGCUUAUCGCGGUAACGACGCGAUGCACAAUCGUAUGUAUACGUGAUUGAUCGUUCCGACCGUGACGACGACGACGACGACAACGACGAGGAGAGCAAAGGCGCCGCGAAGGCACGCGCGGUACAGCUGAUUGGCAGACUCGCGUCGUCCGGGUCACGGCCGUCUCUCUCUCUCUCUUUUUCUCUAGUCGCAGGCAACGGACUGACUCGACGGUCAUGGCGGGUUUCGUGCUUCGAGUCAAGACGAAAUCGGGUCAGAAGGUAGUCUACGGUCUCACGGCUCACGACAAGGUGUCCAAGCUGAAGGCGAAGCUCGCCGAGCUCACCAGUGUACCAGCCCCUGCUCUCCAGGUGCUCGUCGGUUUUCCGCCGAAGCCCGUCGACCUGGACGCGGCCGACGCCACGAUCGAGCGCGUCGGCAUCAUCUCCGGGGACACGCUCAUCGUCGAGGAGAAACAGAUUAUGUUUAAUGAGCAAAGACUGGACAAUCUCGGGCGGUCGCAUAUCGUCGACCAAGAGAGCUUUGCCAAUGCUCCAGGUGUCUUAAUGAGAAAGGUUGUACCUGCAGACAAUUCCUGCCUCUUCACCAGCGUGGGUUAUGUUCUGAACGGAAAAGUCGAUACUAGCUGCGCCAGUUUUAUGAGGGAGAUUAUAGCAAACGCGGUAGCGGCGGACCCGAACGAAUACUCCGAGGCAUUCCUUGGCAGACCCAAUGCCGAGUAUUGCGAGUGGAUUCUCAAGCCUGAUGCUUGGGGCGGCGCCAUCGAGCUGUCGAUCCUGUCCAAAUUUUAUGGUUUGGAGAUAGCGGUGAUCGACAGCAUUAACGCAAUCAUCAAUAGAUUUGGCGAGGAUCAGCAUUAUGCUCAACGAGUCUUUCUCAUAUUCGAUGGGAUCCAUUACGAUCCUCUUUAUCUGGAACCGCUCAAUGGUGGCAGCAUCCAAACGAUCUUUCCCACUGAGGAUGAGAGAAUGCUGCUGGAGGCUGCCCAGCUGGCGAAAGAGGCGAGAUCGAGUCGUCAGUUCACGGACGUGCAGAAAUUCACGCUGAUGUGCAUUGACUGCAAAAUCAUGUUAAACGGACAAGCGGCGGCGCAGCAACACGCCAAGGACACCGGUCACAAGAAUUUCGGCGAAGUAGCAGCGUAGCGUUGUAUCGGCAGCUCCAUAUGAUCUAACUCUUCGGUGACUAUCCUUGACUCUAAAACAGUAUAGGGUUGACAACCUUCGACAGUUGGUUUUUUUCUUCGAUUGGAAACGUUUCGGGAUCUAUUUAUUCUCAUCGUGCACUUUUGUUCACUUUAAUUCAAAAGCACUUAUUACGUACAAAUUAUUUGUGAUGAGGAAUCCGAUCGGGAAAUUCCGUGCGUGAGGGAAAACACAGGAGUGUGUGUGUAUGUGUGUGUGAUAUUUUUACAAAUUAUAUUAUUGUAUAAUUAUUAACUAGGUAAAUAGAA